AUGGCUGCAGACGUUACCUUGGGUUCUGCUAGUCGUGCUGAGAGCUCGGCUCCUGGAUCGCUGUUGUGUCCUUUAUGCGCUUCACAGUUCUCUAGCAGCAAUAUGUUGUGGCAACACGUUAAUUUGGAGCACGCGAGUCGCCUUGAUUUUCCCUCUGCUUCGUUCUUGUCUGCCAACGGCAGGAAAGUGUGUUCAUCCUGUGGUUUCUCCUACUCUGGUCACUGGAAACUAUGCCGACGUUCUCAGGGUCAGGGUCGUCCACGUUGCGGUGGUGUAAUGGUUAAUCCUGCUACUUCGUCGUGGUAUUCAAAGCCUGUUGUUGGCGCUCGUGAUUCGGUUGAAACGGGCGCUGCUGUUGCUGUUGAAGAAACUUCUGCAUCGGUGGGAGGUGGCUGUCUCCCUGUCCUUGACUCUGUUGAGUCAAGCGGUCUCAGUGAAAGUCUUCGACCUAGUUGUGAUUUGGUUCUAGAGGCUGUCAAGGCGGCGGAGUGCCUCGCUUGCCCCGCCCAUCUGGAGUCUGAUUUGUUUGAGGCCCUCAUGCUGGAGAUUUCCUCUUUGCCGGUAAAGACUGUUGGUCAUGUCCCGCGUUCAAUUCGCCCUCUUCUUUCUCAGGUUCUUGGUGUUGAACUUAAACAUGCUUCUGAUAAUGGUUUGUGGGGUUUUGCUCGCCUACAUAUGUUCCCAAAGGCAGUGUUGAGAUGUCCUCCUCGUGCAGGGAAGAAGAAACGUUAUGUGGUGAAAGCCUUGUUACAUUCACGACUAGAGAAAUGGUUGUCAGGAGAUUUUGUUUCACUUUGGACUGAAGUCAGAUUGGAAGCAGCACAUCGACCUGUAGUGUCUUCAAAGAAUGUCUCUGUCACUCAAAGUAAUGUCAAACGUGCGUUGGCAAUAGCUAGAGAAGGAAAUUUUUCUAAAGCAGUGCAAUGUCUUGGUUCUUGUGGUACUGCUGCACACAAUGAUACCCAGGCCCUUGAAGAGUUACUGCAGCGUCAUCCUCAACACGUUCUUCCAGAUUGGAAUGACGACAUUCCUCCUCCACUUACUGUCUCUUCAGAGUCUGUACUCUCUGCUUUACAUGACUUUCCCAAAGCGUCUAGUCCUGGAGCUUCGCAGUUGCAUUGCCAGCACCUAUUGGAUGCCACUGAUGGGAAUUCUUCACCGUUAUCUAAAGAUUGCCUUGACAGAUUGACUCGCUUGAUUUGUUUUCUUUUGUCAGGCCAGGCUGACUCUCGCAUUGCUCCGUGGCUUUCUGGUGCACCUUUGACUGCUCUUCUCAAGAAACAAGGUGGUAUACGCCCGAUUGCUGUUGGAGAGGUCUUACGUCGCCUUACGAGUCGCCUUUGUUGCUCAGCAGCGAGAUCUGCCUCGUCAGAUGUUUUCCUUCCGUACGGUCAAGUUGGCGUCGGUAUUCGUGGAGGUUUGGAAGCUGCUGUUCAUUCGCUAUCAGCUAUCAUUGAUUUGCGUGGAAAUAAUCCUGAUCUCUGUUGCUUGAAGGUGGAUUUCAGAAAUGCUUUCAAUGAAUGUCGUCGUUCUUCUUUCCUUCAUCGAUUACAAAGGGAUUUCCCUUCAAUAUUUGCUUGGGCUCAGUGGUGUUACCACUGUGAAGGACAGCUACGUUUCGGUAGUCACUGUAUCAAAUCAUCAGGAGGAGUACAGCAAGGCGACCCUCUUGGUCCGCUCCUUUUUUCUCUGACUCUCCUGGAGUUGUUGGACGAUAUUGAUUCCACACCUGACAUCAACCUUCAGGUAUGGUAUUUGGACGACGGAACUAUUGUUGGUCCUCGUAAGGCGGUUUCUUCCCUCCUGGAUAGCUUGUCUGUAAAGGGUCCUUCCCAUGGAUUGAUCCUUAACUUGGAGAAGUGCGAAGUCUUCUGGCCCUCUGGAGAUAUUUCGUUUCCUGAGUUCCCGGAUAGUGUUCAAAGAGUGCAAUGCAUUUCUGGUGGAGCAGAGUUUUUAGGCUCUCCGGUAUUUGGAUCAGAUGCUUUUUAUGAUGCCACUUUUGGCAGGAAAAUUGACAAAAUUCUGUCAUGCCAAAGUCGUCUGACGGAUCUAGAAGACCCGCAGGUGGAGUUACACCUACUUAGAAGUUGCCUGAGCUUGUGCAAGGUUAAUCACCUUCUUAGAACAGUUCCGUCAGAGAAAGUAAAAUUUCAGCUCGAGAGGUUCGACAGCGAGUUGCGAAGCAGUCUGGAGGUGAUUUCUCGCUCAUCUGUAUCUGACGUCGCGUGGAAACAGGCCACAUUGCCAAUCCGUCUCGGUGGUUUGGGUUUGAGAGAAACCUGUAGAACUUCCGCACUCGCUUUCGUAGGCAGUUGCAAUUUUACACGGGAUUUGAGUAUUCGUCUCUUGGGGUGUGCUAAGCCACCUGUUUUGAGGAGCAGUGAAGGGCCAAUCACUAAUCCUGAUGUUCCAGAUCUGCUUUUCCCAGGUGAGGUAUCGUCUCGUGAACAGCUGCUGUCUACUCUCCUGUCUACCGCUGAUGUUGACCUCGGUGGAGCAAGUCAACAUGAUUUGCAAGAGAUUUUCGACAAGUCACUUUUAUCUGACAUUAAGAACUCAGUCAGUAUACGCGACCAAGCACGUCUAAACGCUAUAUCAACUCCUCAUGCAGGCGCAUGGCUGCGGGCAAUCCCUAACAGAAAUUUGGGCCUCGUCAUGUCUGCAGAGGAAUAUGUGAUUGCUUUACGUUUACGGCUAGGAAUUCCAAUUUUUCCUUCUCUCUCUACUAGAUGUCCAUGUGGUUCAAUAAUAGAUGCCUACGGAGAUCAUGUGUUAGGUUGCGGCUAUGGUAACCUGAGAAUUAAACGCCAUGAUGCGUUACGUGAUGUCAUCUUUCACACACUACUUGAGGAUCACUCUGGCACUCGGAGAGAACAGCACUGUGGCGGAUAUAACAAUUCUCGCCCAGGUGACGUCUACCACCCAGAUUUUCUACUUGGUCGUCCAGGAUAUUUUGAUAUCACAGUAAGGAAUUCCUUCCAGCAGUCUCACAUUGUCCACUCCGCUUAUUGUGCUGGUGCCGCUGCAGCAGCUGGAGAGAUGGAGAAAGACGAUCGUCAUAAAGACAACGUAGAGGCGACAGGAGGUGUUUUCUACCCGCUGGUAGUUGAGUCCUACGGAACGUGGACCUCCAGUAGCUUACAAACUUUAAAAACAAUUGCUAGAAGGACAUCUCUCCGUAGUAGUAUUACUGUUAGCAGGGCUAUCGUUAAUUUUCACGGGCAGCUCUCUCUCCGCCUUUGGCAAUUUAACGCUAGGAUGAUUUUGGACCGUUUGUCUUUGUUAGGUUUAGACAGAGACUACUCUGUUUGUUCUUCGUUGUGAGGCCCCUCUAGUGGAGGGGUAGCUAUUAUUUAUAUUUGAAUAAACUAUAUGUAUAAAAAAAAAAAAAAAAUAUA